AUGAAGAAGAUGGCGAAGAAGCGGAGCCGUUGGAUUUCCCUUGGCCACGGAGAAUAUUCUGAGAUAUUCUCCGAGAAGGAUUUCUUCUCCAUUGUUAAGGCCAGCGAUCACGUUGUUUGCCAUUUCUAUCGUGAAAAUUGGCCUUGCAAGGUAGUUGGCAAACACUUGGGAAUAUUGGCAAAACAGCAUAUCGAGACACGAUUCAUCAAGAUUCAAGCAGAGAAAAACCCAUUCUUGGCUGAGAAGCUCAAAAUUGUUGUUCUUCCAACAAUUGCUCUUAUAAAAAAUGCCAAAGUUGAAGAUUAUGUGGUGGGGUUUGAUGAGCUUGGUGGGAGUGAUGGUUUUAGCACUGAAGAACCGGAGGAGAGGUUGGGGAAAGGUGAAGUUAUAUUUUUUGAAGGCGAAUCAUCCUUAAAACCAUCAAAAAAGCCUCAAACAAGAAACGUUAGACAUGGCUCCAAGUCUAAUGAUGAUUCGGAUUCUGAGUAA